AUUGUAAAACAUAUGACAUAGUAAUGACGUCACGUUUAAAUAUGGCCGAGCCCUAAAAUUUGGCGAAAAAUGAAUUUUAUACUUUUUAUAACUCAAAAGGAUUUAAUGUAGAUACUCGAUUGGUUGAUAUUAUUUUAAAUAGAUUAUUGUGUAAAUGAAGCUUAUUUAGGAAAAAUUACUACAAAAUGCCAGUUUUAAGUCCACAUAGAAGCUCUAGCAGCAUUUCGGGGUCAUAUAGGCCCUCAUAUGGGUCUUUAAUAGACAGACCAAUAUAUUCAUCUACGUCAGGUUAUUCACCAAGAGUGAAAAGUUAUAGUGAGAGAUAUAGUAGCAGAACUUACACAGAUGAAAAUGGGCGUAGAAUAUUUUCAAGAUCAGGUUCUAUAACUGAAGAUGGAGUUACAACACGAUUUCGUGAAGAAUCCAGGGAAGGUUCAGCUCCUAGAGAUUAUACAAGAGAUUACCGAGACAGUUAUAUAGAUUACCCUCGUAGAGACAGUUCCCUGUCUCGCGAUAGAGUCUCAUCUUUAAACGUCAUCGAUUCUGUUGCCGAACUGAGAAACAAAUACUCACCAGCCAAUUACGUGCCGGCCAUUUUACGAAAAAACGACAACAUUUCUAGAUCAAAAUCUAUUAACGAUAUAGGUUUGCCGCCGAUUGAAAGCAAAACUUCGAAAAAAAAGGUAAAUGAGUUGAACGAAUCGCUUGAAAACGGUGUGCUAACUAAUAAAAAUACUAACGAUAACAUUGACGAAGAGGACGACAACGGCAACAGGGCGUCGGUGGCGGAAAUAAGAAAAAAAUUCACCGAUAAGUCCGAGAGAAAAAGUUGCAGCCCCCCCAUUGAGAUUGAGGGGGCCAGCGUUAAAAUAUCGGAGAAUCGGUUUAAAAAAUUGGAUGUCCCCAAAAAGGUUGUCAAAAAAGUCACUAAAGUGACCAAAAAGUCACCAGAAAACAAUGAAAGUAAGUGUAAUGGUGAAACUUCAAAUGUCACAAAAUUAGAAGUCAAAGAAGACACAAAUGAAGAAAAUGGGGUGUUAAGUAAUACAAUAGAACAACACAGUAGAGUUAACAAUUUUGCCUCAUACAUACCUUCAAAGGACCUUCAAAAUGGUGACAAAAUAAAAAACGAAUCAAACUGCACAGUAAAUAAAGAUGAUGAAAAAUUAGAAGAUGUCAAUGCAAUGCAAACAAAUGAUCUAUCGACCACUUCGACAAAAUUAUCCCGAUCCACAGUAUCGCCAUCAAAUUCUUCGAACAACGGGACAUCGUCGCAGAGCGUCUUGGGGCGUCGCUCCUUAGAAAGGGCGUCCCGACGCGCAGACUUUAGCGACGACGAUGAAAUUGGCGAACGGCCACGCGAUUUCAGUAGAUCCAGUCCGUCGCCUUUAUCGACAAGAACGCUGGGUCUCAACGGGUUAAAAAACAUCGGUAACACCUGUUUUAUGAACUCCGUCAUACAAUGUUUGAGUAACACCAGACAAUUAUCCGAAUAUUUGAGGAAAGAUUCCUAUAUGAGAGAUAUUAAUAGUUCCAUGUCCAGCAUGAAGGGAGCACUCAUUAAAGCUUUCACGCAAGUAAUCAAAGAACUAUGGUCGGAAGAUUUAUCGGAUAGAGUGGUUAACACUGUAACCUUCAAAAGUCAAAUUCAAAGAUUCGCGCCUAGGUUCAUGGGGUACGCUCAACAAGACGCCCAAGAAUUUUUAAGGUACCUACUUGAAGGUUUACACGAGGACGUUAAUCGUGUUAAGGAAAAACCCAAACCGAUUUUGACCGAUAUAGACGAGACAUUGAGUGAUAACCAAAAAUCUGCUGAGGCGUGGGGACGUUACUUACGAAUGGAAAAUUCGCUAAUUUUGGAUCUUUUUGUGGGUCAGUUAAAAUCUACUUUAAAAUGCACACACUGUGGUCACUGUUCCGUAACGUUUGACCCAUUUUGGGAUUUGUCUUUACCUAUCCCAACUAGAACAGGGCAACUAAGGUUGUCUCAAUGUUUGGAUUCAUUCACUAGGGAAGAAACGUUAGAUGGGGAUGAAAAACCUACAUGUUCAAAAUGCAAAGAAAGAAGAAAAUGUACUAAAUCUUUUAGUAUACAGAAGUUUCCUAAGAUAUUAGUAAUUCAUUUGAAAAGAUUUUCCCCCACAGAACGUUUUAGAGGUAAACUUUCUGUAACAGUUGAUUUUCCUUUGGAAGGAUUGGACAUGAUGAAUUAUGCUGCUGAUUCUGUUGCACCCUGUAGAUAUAACUUGUAUGCCAUCUCAAACCAUAGUGGUACUACCUACAGUGGACAUUAUACUGCCUAUUGUAGACAUCCCUAUAACAUGCAAUGGCAUGAAUACAAUGAUUCAAGGGUUUCUUCUAUUUCCACAAGGUCUAUUGUAUCAGGAGAGGCAUACGUGCUAUUCUAUGAGCAGGAAGGUCAGAAAUCUCACUUGUGAGAGUUUAUUUUUUUUUAAUUCUACUGUUAUAUACAUUUAUUUUUUUCUAAAAAGAUCUAACACCCCAGCUUUUUUUUAAUUACAAAUUACGUGUAUUUUUUAUUACAUAAACCCCCCCUAAUUUGCCAAGUAAACUUUGCCUUUAGUAUUUAUUUAUUAUUUAUCAAAGCUGACCAUAAUGGGCGUGUCUAUAUUCGACCAAUAGAAUGUCGAAUGUAUACACGUUUUUUUAACAUUUUGGCCGGUUUAUUUAUUAACUUUUUGUUUUAAUUUAUUUGACAUAUUUAUUUAAGAGUGAAAUGUACUUAAAGUAAUGUUAUUUCUAGUCCAAUAAGUUUGUGCAAUGAUUUUUCCAAAUCGAAAUUGUUUUGGGUUUUUUUCUUUUGGAAUCUUGUUAAAUCUAGUUGAAUUAUGUCUACCUCAAAAUUAUGCUUUGUUUAGAUGAACAAAAAAUGUAGACUCUAUUUUUUAUUAUUUAAUAAUGUUACCAAACUAGACAAAUCAGCACACAAGUGAAAUGUUCGUAAUUGGUAAUAAGCUUUAUAUUAUUAAAAAAAUUGUUCUAUUCUAGCACUUACUAAUGAAAUAAACUGUUUGCAA